GUCUGCGCUCGGUGGAAUUCCCCUCACGGUUAUUCCCUCAAAGAUAUCAAAACAAACUGAAACCUUCUUCGAGCAUUUCACACCCAACACGGACGAAGCUUUGCGUGUUGGAGUGGGUCUACUCUGAGGACUUAAGCGGCGUGCAGGUACAGUCCAGAAAGAUCGGCAUCAUGAGUGAUUCUGCCUCUCUGCCAAAGUGUCCAGUGUGCCAUAAAACAGACGUGAAAAAGCUGGAUGGGCAGUGCAUCUUGUGCCGGCGAUGUUCUGAAACGAUGCGCCGUGUAUACCGGUUCUGUGGGGCCUGUCUGAGAGAGUGGUCGAACGGCUGUCCAGUGGACUCUGCCUGCAACCUGCCCGAUUGUGCUCUCCGCGCUGCCCUGCUCUCUACCAAACGCAUCAAUGACCCCAACUGCUCAGUAUAUAGAUGUCCUUAUUUCAGGGCCUGUCCCACCUGUAGGGCUCUGCUCACACAUACUGGACAAGGCUGCCCCAACAUCGUCUGCCCUCACUGCCACAUGGGUUUCUGCUUCCGCUGCCUCCGUCAGAAUUGCUAUGGCGAAGACGAUUCAGAUUCAGACUUUGAAUUGCAAGACCCCAGAAUUGAGCAAUGCACUAUAGUGAAAAACAGCAGUUGUCUUGCUGCACUUAAAUUGUAACUGAGUUUAUAGAGUUGGGCUAAGAGUUAAGACUACAAUCUAGUCUCCUUUUUACUAUUCAUAGGUGAUUGUUUCAGUUCGAAUAGAAUCAAUAAACAUUUUGAGUGUGAACUAA